AUGGCGAAGUGGCAGAGGGAUCGUUUGGUGCGCUUGAACCAGGCCUUCGGAGUACUGCACACCUUGCACCUGCAUCCACAUAACUAUGUGAGUGCCCAGCUAGACUUCGAUUUGCCCACAAUGGAUGGAACAGCUGUGCUAUGGCCGCAUGUUGGCACCGUGCCAUGGACCGCUACGGUGGAAUGGUGCCAUGAGAUGGGUGGCUGCACCCAUUUGAAGGGCUUCGAACAAGAGGUUGCAAGCACAGGUACCUGGACAGCGACUACGUUGCUGGGUGGCCGUGGCGGCGCUGGUGCGAAGCAGAUCCAGAUGCUCGCAGGUACACGCCACGGCUCCCCUUGGCAUUCCGUUGACCAACUUCGGCUUCCCUGUCGUGUGGAGCGCUUGGACCUUCGAGAGAAGCUCAGUGCAAAUCAGAUCAAGGAGCUAGUUGAGCUCUUCGAGACGUAUUCCGUUUUGGUGUUCAAAUCUGCCAACCUCACAGACGAGCAGCUAGUGACCUUUGCCAGCAGUUUCGCUGCUGCAUAUCCUGGUGCCUCCCUGGAAGCCUCUGAGAGUCCAGCGGGUGGUGCCAAUCAGCGUGGCGGUGGAAGGCGACUGAUAGGCAAAAUUGCGAACUUUGAUCUUGGCACAGGCCAGAUCCUGCCGUCCAGCAGCAAACUGCUGAAGCAUCGAGCUGGCAACGGCUUGUGGCACAUUGAUUCCUCCUUUAAGGUUCUGCCAGCACUAGCUUCGUUGAUGUCGGGGCAGUUGGUGGUACCUCCAGGCAGUGGCGGGGAGACGGAGUUCGCAUCUUCCCGUGCUGCCUAUGAAGCCUUCCCACAAAAGGCCACAGUGGAUGGCUUGAUUUGUGUCCAUGACUUUGACUACAGCCUGCGACUACUGGGGCAGCGCCCACCCAUCAGCAUUUGCCGCCGGGUGCCACCGGCGCGCCACUUUUUGGUGCGAAGCACUGCUGCCGCAAGGUCAUUCUUUGCAGGGAAGCAUUGCAGCCAUGUAGAGGGCCUUGAUCUGCAGGAAGGACGAUCUUUAAUCAGGCAAAUCAACAGGCACAUCGCAAAGCAGGAGUUUGUGUAUCGCCAUAGCUGGUCUCCGGGUGAUGUGGUGCUUUGCGACAACCGGAGCUGUGUGCACCGGGGACGCCCCUGGAAUCCCAGCGCCAAGAGGAUGGUCUGCUUGGUGAAAAUUGCUGAAGGUUUCAAUGAAGUCGAACAGAGAGACCUGGCAUGUCAGGAUUCAUUGCGCGAUGACAACCUGCCGCUGGCCGCAAUUGCAGAGGCUGCCCCAGCGCCUCAAUGGGAUGAAGCCCUGGCAAUGCUGGAGGCGGUUGGUUGGCAGGAACUUCCAACGACAACCCAGGCAGGGGCGAUGCAGCUUGGCAUGAGAGAUGCUCAAAUGAUGCAGGGCCAAUCUACGGGACGAGAUCAGCCAUAUGCAGCACUUGUGUCAUUUGUUCUGAAACAGAAACUGACCUUGCUUCCCGCGCGAAAUGCCUUCCAACAGAUUCUGGAGGAACAGCUGCAACCGAGUGCUCAAACCUUUGGUUCUCUGGUCAAUGCCGCAGUGCGAGUGGGGGACUUGUCCGAGGCGCGCCGGUGGCUUCAAGAAUCUCAGAGUCGCGGGGUGAAUCCUGGUGUGGUGGCCUAUACCACCCUACUGAAGGGUCUGUGCGAAGCUGGACACAUAGAUGAGUCACGCGAGGCACUGAAGGAGAUGCUGCAGGUAGGGUGUCAACCCAACAUCCGCACAGCCAACACGCUCCUGCGAGGCUACCGACGAGCCGGAGAGGUGGAAGCUGCUGUGGAAUUGCUGCAGCAAAUGGAAGAAGAAUGGGGUCUAGCACCAGAUGCAACGAGCAGCGAAUAUCUCGUGGCGUUGCUAUGUCAAGGCUUUCAGGUGAAAACUGCCAGAACUUUGCUAAAGAGGAGGGCAGCAGGAGGAACUGCCGAUGGUGAAGAUGGUGAAGCCUUCGCAACUUGGGAAGGUGGUCGCGCCGCAGCUCUCAGAAGCCGCGCGAGUUUAUGGACCAUGCUGGCAGAAUCUUUCCUCCUUUGUGGGGAGAUUCAGAGUGCUCAGAAGUCUCUAAGACGUGCUCGACUUCUGCGUCGCAAGGCCUCCAAAGUAGAGGAGCCAAAUCCAGAAGGCAACUCAUCCACCGUACUGUUCACGAACUUCAAGGAGCGUGAGCUGUCCCGAAGGGCAACGCUCAUUGCGGAGAGGAUUCAGAGCGGCAGCAAACCUAUCUCGAAGCCUGCACUCUUGAAACAUAUGGGUAGACUGUUGGCUCUGCCUCGUGCUCCUGGCCCGGAGCAUCAAAUUGGUGCUGAGGAGCUUUUGGGUGAGUUGAAACGUAGCUUUGGCCUUUCUGAGCUGUGCAGCGAGCGGCCAAAGGCGCGGCAACGGCUACUUGGGCGCCUGCAGUCAGUUGUGAAGGACGGAGGUGGUCACUGGAAUCUUCGCGCCGCCUUCGACUCGGAGCUUCCCUUGAAGGUAGAGCUUUGCUCGGGCGAGGGAGAGUGGGUUUGCGCUCAAGCCUCCAAAGAUGAUGAGACAGCCAAUUGGGUUUGCGUCGAACACAGGCGGGAUCGUGUAUUCCGCACGUUUUCUCGGAGCUUGUUGACCAAUGUGUCCAACCUCUGCUUUGUGGCUGGUGAUGCUGCGCUGCUGUUGCGCCAGUUGGCCCCUCGUUCUGUGGAUCAUAUCUUUGUGAACUUUCCAGAGCCGCCCGUGCGGCGUGGCCUGGGUGAUGCGGAAGGUGAUGAUGGUGACGCAGCGGUUGACGCCCCACAUUUGCUCACCGCGGAGACGUUCAGAGCUAUGCACCGUGUCAUGCAGCGGGAUGGCACAUUGCUGGUGCAUUCAGACAACGUCACCUAUCUCCGACAACUGGCUGUUUCCCUCUCUUCUUUGGACAGCUUUGAGAAUGUGAAUGUCAGCGACGGUGCUGUCCGUGAUCGUCCUGGAUCCAGUGGCGAACCCUCUGUGGCUGUCUGGCGAGGACGCCCUGGGAUUGCUGCUGGAGUGGUGGAUCCUGAGGCUUCCUCAUACUUCGAUCGGCUCUGGAGCCAUGGGCGCUUCACCAAGCGCUAUUUCAUUUUGGUUUCUGCGGUGAAAAGGGUGGAACAGACCAAGGAGCUUGCAGUGUUUAAUAUAUUUAUAUGCGCCUCGAACAUCUUUGACGUUCUAAGAUUUUCGACACAUUUUGACACUACCUUGGCAGAUGCAUGUUGGCAAAGUAUGAAGGACCUGGGGUGA